CUGCUUUUAUUUUAGUGCGAAAUGUCAGUCAUUGUGCCAGAUUAGAUCUUACUUCAUUAGUCAGUUUUCUUUGUGUUGCCUAUUUGAUCAUCAAGACUUCCGGAUUUCUUCUCUGGAUGUGAACACAUGGGUGGUGGACUUUAACUAAGGGAACUACGAGAUUACCGGCAAUCCAUGUUCAAGGCCGCUUCAGUGUGUCAACUUCCAUACUGUGAUAUCGUCACUCAUUCCACAACGUCAUUCGCAGAUUUCGCAUUUUAAUGUUCUGCCCUUGGCGCGACCACAUACGAACGGGGUGCGACCUUGCAGGCACAGAUCAUAACAGUUACACAAGUUGAGAUCCUACACAUCAACAGCACACAGACAUGAGACCCUCCUCUCGUCCAUUCAGACCUCAAAUGGGUCCAUCGUUCAAUCAUUGCCCUUGGCAGAUGCCCCCACAGCAGGGACCAAGGUUCUUCGGUGGACCUUCUUUUCCUAAUGGUCCUCCUCUGAGACAUGGCUUCAAUCCAGGGGAAGACAUUUUUGGAUACCGGGCAAUAAGUGGUCCCAGAGAGACGUUUCCAUUCCCCCCUCCCUGUGGCCCCCCACGUCAGCAUGGGCCAACCAAUGGUCAGUUUCCACCUACUAGCCGGGGCAUGCACAGAGGUCACAGUGCAGGGUUCAGAGGUCGAGGUAGAGGUGGGCCGAAUGGCAAUCAUCAGCAACAACAGAGUGGGAAAAAGAAAAAAGAGAAGGUGAACAGACGAGAUCUGGCGGAGCACAACUUAUUUUUCUGUGACACAUGUGACCGCGGCUUCAAAACGGAGGAGAAGUACCAAGAACAUGUGGAUGGACAUCAGCAGUGUUCCUUCAAAGAUUGCCCUUUCAUCGCGGCUCCAAAGCUUGUUCAGUUGCACGUGGCCAUGCAACACAGAAGCGGGCUGGCCAAAAAGGUGUACAACCUGGGGUCAGAGGAAGAUGUGACGAAAUGGAGAGAAGAGAGGAGAAAAAAUUUCCCGACUGUUGAGAAUGUGGAGAAGAAGAAACAGAUUCGGGAGGAAAGAAUUGCGAGAGGAGAGCUGAUUGAGAUCAAAGAUUUCAGCAAAAUGCGACAAGGGAGAGGUCGAGGACGAGGCAGACAGGAUGGUCGGGGUCGAGGUAGGGGGAGGGGAGGACGGGGACGGUGGAGGGAUUUCGACCAGUCUGGACAGAACUUGGAAUCCAACCAAGUGGACGAAGGUGAUGCUCCAGAUGAAGUGAAGGUUGUGAGACCACCAACAGACAAGUGUGAAGACUCGUCAGUAGCGGAGAAAGGAGCUGAGGCAGAGAGCGCUGGUGUGCCGUCGGUAGAGACGAUAGUGAGGUCAGUGUUUCCGUCUGGUCAUGUCGAUGAUAAAGCUGCUGCCUCCAUUCUCUCACUCCUGGCCGGCUACGGUGACUCAAGCUCAGAUACAGAGGACUCUGACAUUGAGAGUGACCGCUUGACCAAAGAUACCUCAGCUUUCCCGAAGAACGCAAACAAACCUGGCGACCCUGUGACACAGACAAGUUCAAGUUCUUCGAAAGAUUCGCCCUCGGAAUUUUCCACCUCGUCAUUCACAUCACAGCCUUGUCCCCGGGUAGCAGGAAAAGUUUCAGGAUUGUCACAGACAGAAGAUGUUGCCCCUCCUUCUGUCAGCUCUCAGCCGCAACCUUCCGCAAAGGACCAGAGUUGUCCCCCUCAGAAGAGAAAGGCCCCUGAGCAGAGCAGUCACAAUGCCGAACCGAAUGCAAAGAAAGCCAGGGGCACCAGUCGAACGCAACCGCAAAGGAAAUACACCCUGUUAGAGAAGCUCCUGGCUCCAGACAUCCGCAGGGAAAGAAACAAAAUUCUUCAGUGUGUGCACUACAUCGUGAAGAACAAAUUCUUUGAGGAGAACCACACAACAGAACCCACGCCUCAGGCUGUGUGAGUGUGAUAGGUGCACAGGUGGGCUGGAUGGACAUGGAAUUCCAGUAGUGUGAUGUUGGGACUUUGUAGCGGGGGUUUGUCUUCAACAACUUGUGAUGAAAACUGAACUGUUUUAUUUUUGUCGAACGUGACUAUACAAUAGUCUCUGCCUAAACCCGUGCUCCACUCAAACGCAUGCUUUCAUCUAAAAUUACCUAUUUUUUGCGAUUAAAUAAUUUAUAUCAUGUUCAAA